AUGGCCAGACCAGAACAAGUCCUGGUGCUGGAGCCGCAACAUGAACUGAAAUUCAGAGGACCUUUCACAGAUGUUGUCACCGCCACCUUGAAGCUCACCAACCCCACAGAAAGAAAUGUGUGUUUUAAAGUUAAGACAACGGCGCCUCGCCGUUAUUGCGUUCGCCCCAACAGUGGUAUCAUUGAUGCCGGAACCUCCAUCAAUGUUUCUGUCAUGCUGCAGCCUUUUGACUACGACCCCAAUGAGAAGAGUAAACACAAAUUUAUGGUGCUGUCCAUGCUGGCUCCCUACGACAUGACUGACAUGGAGAGUGUUUGGAAGGAGGCCAAGCCGGAGGAACUGAUGGAUUCAAAGUUGAGAUGUGCCUUCGAGAUGCCUGUCGAAAAUCACAACGUCCAUGAGUCAGAAAGCUACCACACUGUGGUGUCCUCUACCUCUUCUGUUAAGACUGAGCACACCGCAUUGCCAAAGUCAUCCAGCACCUCGCUGGAUGACGGAGAGGUGAAGAAAAUCAUGGACGAGUACAAGCGACUUCAAGUAGAUGUGCAGAGGCAAUGGGAAGAGAACAAACAGAUAAGGGAGAACGACGGCUUGCGAAAGAGAAAAUUGGCAGGGGCUGCACCAAACUCAUCUGUCAUGGCGUCCUUGGCCACAAAGGACGAAGGCCUGAGCAACCGUGUCCUGGCACUCUGCGUUCUCUUCUUUGUCAUCGGAGUCAUCAUCGGCAAGCUGGUCCUGUAG